AGGGCUCUGCCGGGCAGCGGCCCCCUCCCGGAACGUCGCGGGAAAUCUCCACAAAAAAUCCCAAAUUUCUGCUCCAAACUUCUGGAAUUGCAGCCAAAGAUGUCCAAGAAGCAGCAGCCCAAAGAUCCCUCAGGGUUCGUGUUCGAUUCUCGCUCCGGGGCCGUGCGGGCUCAGGGCGGCGCCGAGAACAUGAGGGAGAAGGUGCAGGCCGUGCGCGCGGUCGUCCCCAACCGCAGCAACACCGAGAUCGUGCUGGUGCUGCAGCACUUUGACAACGCCGUGGACAGGGCGGUGCAGGCCUUCAUGGAGGGCAAUGCCAGUGAGGUGCUGAAGGAAUGGACGGUGACUGGGAAGAAAAAGAACAAGAAGAAAAAGCCCAAAGCCAAAGCCCAGCCCGGCCCUGCAGCCCCCGGGCCGGAGGAAAAGUUGGAAAAGUUGGAAAAUUGGGAAAAAUUGGGAAUUUCCAUCAAUGGUUUCCAUGGCAACCGCUCCCCAUCCCUGGAGUCGCUCCCCGAGCCCGGGGCAGCCCUGGGCAAUGGAAUCCCAAAUUUUCCUGCCCCGACCCCGACCCGGAGCAGCCCCGGAUCCCCCGGGGGGAGGAAACUGGGGCCCAGCCUGGAGCGCUCCCUGAAGGAUCUGCAGCGCUGCUCCGUGGCCCUGGCGCGGUUCCGGGCCCUGCUCAGGGACGAGGUGGAAAAUUCCCUGCGCAGGGUGAAGGGGGCGUUCGGGGAGAUCCAGAGCUGCCUCAUGGAUCGCGAGGUCGCUCUCUUGGCCGAGAUGGACAAAGUCAAGGCAGAAGCAAUGGAUCUGCUGUGUUUGCGGCAGCUCCGGGCCGAGUCCCUGCGCGCUCUCACCGAGGCCGCCCCGGCCAUGUCGGAGGAGGAGCUGCAGGAGCUGCGGGCGGACAUCAAGCACUUUGUGAGCGAGCGCAAGUUCGAUGAGGAGCUGGGCCGGGCCGGGCGCUUCGGCUGCGACCUCGAGGCCCUGAGGGGCAGCAUCGGCGCCUUCGGGCAAGUUUCCCACCCCAGGCCCAGCUAUUCCAGCCGCUCCCGCUGCAGCUCCAGCCCCGCGCCCACAGCGGGACCGGCAACAACGGCGGGAACAACAAUGGGAUCAACAACGGGACCGACAAUGGGAUCAACAAUGGGAUCAACAACAGCGGGAUUCCCAAUGGGAUCGGGAUCGGCCCCGGGAUCCCCCCAGGGCGGCGCCGCCCCAACGGAGCCACCCCCGAGCCCACAGAGCCGGAACCCCCCGGGAGCAGCCGGAGCCCGCCCGGAGCCCCCCAGGAACCCCAAAAACCCCAAAACCCCCAAAAAUCCCAAAAACCCAGAGAACCCCAAAAAUCCCAAAUCCCCUGAAAACCCCAAAAACCCCAAAAACCCAGAGAACCCCAAAAACCCUGAAAACCCAGAGAAUCCCAAAAACCCAGAGAAUCCCAAACCCCCAGGGGACCCCAAAAAUCCCAAAAAUCCCAAAUCCCCCGAAAACCCCAAAAGCCCCAAAAAUCCCAAAUCCCCAGAGAAUCCCAAACCCCCAGGGGACCCCAAAUCCGCCAAAAACCCCGAAAACCCCAAAAAUCCCAAAUCCCCCAAAAACCCUGAAAAUCCCAAAUCCCCCAAAAACCCCGAAAACCCCAAAUCCCCCAAAAACCCCAAAAAUCCCAAAUCCCCCAAAAACCCUGAAAAUCCCAAAAAUCCCAAAUCCCCCAAAUCUGCCCGGAGCCGCCCGGGGCCGCGCAGGAGCCGCCCUGAGGGCGCCAAUUCCUGAAAACCCCAAAAUUCCUGAAAACCCCAAAAUUCCUGAAAACCCCAAAAUCCGGGAUGGGGAUUCGGGGUCCCAUCCUGGGAACGUUUACAGAUCCCACUGUGCCAUUCCCCCUUUUUUCCCAAUUUUUUCCCAAUUUUUUCCCCU